AAGCCGGUCCCUCCGCACCUGCGGCUGCGUCCCGCGCGUCCCCGGCCAUGGCGCACGUGCGGGCGGCGGCUCCGAGGGUCCGCCGGGACGUCCAGUGAGCUGGGGGUCGCAGGAGGGAGCCGGCGCGGGGCGGCGGGCGCGAUGCCUGCCCUUCCGGAGGCGACGGCGGCGGGGCGCGCGGUGGCCCUGGCCCUGGUGCUGCUGCUCCCCGCCGGUCCGGCGGGCGCCCUGCCCCGCCUGCAGCCCGGCAUGCCGCACGUGUGCGCCGAGCAGGAGCUGACCCUGGUGGGCCGAACCCAGCCCUGUGUGCAGGCUUUCAGCCGAACCGUGCCCGUGUGGAAGCCGGGCUGCGGGCGGCAGGCGUGGUGCGUCAGCCACGAGCGGAGAACCAUCUACUACACGGGCCACAGGCAGGUGUAUGCCAUGGAGGCGCAGACCGUGUUCAGGUGCUGCCCCGGGUGGAGCCAGCAGCCCGGUGACCAGGGCUGCCUCUCCCCCCGGUGCAGCGCUGGCUUCUGUUUUAACGGCGGUCACUGCGCGCCCAGCUCAGUCCAGCUGUGCCGCUGUCCCCGAGGGUUCCAGGGUCCCCGCUGUCAGUACGAUGUGGAUGAGUGCCAGGUGCACAAUGGCGGCUGCCAGCACAGCUGUGUGAACACGCCAGGCUCCUACGUCUGUGAGUGCAAGCCCGGAUUCCGGCUCCACGCGGACGGCAGGACCUGUUUGGCCAUCAACUCUUGUGCCCUGGGGAAUGGCGGCUGCCAGCACGAGUGUGUCCAGCUCACGGUGACCCAGCAUCGCUGCCAGUGCCGCCCCGACUUCCAGCUCCAGGAGGACGGGAAACGCUGUGUCCGGAGAGACCCGUGCGCGGACCGGAACGGCGGCUGCGCUCACACGUGCCAGGUGCGCCGGGGGCUUGCCCACUGUGAAUGCCACGCGGGCUACCUGCUGGGGGCGGACCGCAGGUCCUGCGAAGAUGUGGAUGAAUGUGCCACAGGGCAGGCGCGGUGUGCCCACGGCUGCCUCAACACCCGGGGGUCCUAUAAGUGCGUGUGCCACCCCGGCUACGAGCUGGGCGCUGAUGGCCGACAGUGCUACCGGAUCGAGAUGGAGAUCGUGAACAGCUGUGAGGCCGGCAACGGGGGCUGCUCCCACGGCUGCAGCCACAGCAGCGCGGGGCCCCUGUGCAGCUGCCCCCGUGGCUACGAGCUGGACCGGGACCAGAAGACGUGCAUCGACGUGGACGACUGUGCGGACUCGCCGUGCUGUCAGCAGGUCUGCAGCAACAGCCCCGGCGGGUACGAGUGUGGCUGCUACGCAGGCUACCGGCUCAGCGCCGACGGCUGCGGCUGCGAGGACGUGGACGAGUGCGCGUCCGGCCGCGGCGGCUGUGAGCACCACUGCACCAACCUGGCCGGCUCCUUCCAGUGCUCCUGUGAGGCCGGCUUCCGGCUGGACGAGGACCGUCGAGGCUGUGCCCCCCUGGAGGUACCCGAGGCGGACCUGGACGGCCAGCUGCCCUUCGUGCGGCCCCUCCCACACGUCGCGGUGCUCCAGGACGAGCUGCCCCACCUCUUCCAAGAUGACUACGUGGGGGCCCAGGAGGAGGCAGCAGCGGUGGAGGCCCGGGGCGAGCACACGCUGCUGGAGAAGUUCGUGUGCCUGGACGCCUCCUUCGGCCAGGACUGCAGUCUCACCUGUGAUGACUGCAGGAACGGGGCCACCUGCCUCCCGGGCCUGGACGGCUGUGACUGCCCUGAGGGCUGGACCGGGCUCAUCUGCAAUGAGACUUGUCCCCCAGACACAUUUGGGAGGAACUGUAGCUCGUCCUGCAGCUGUCAGAACGGGGGGACCUGCCACCCCGCGACGGGGGCCUGCCGCUGCCCCCCUGGCGUCUCUGGAGCCCACUGUGAGGACGGCUGCCCCAAGGGCUUCUACGGCAAGCAGUGCCACAAGAAGUGCCACUGUGCCAAUCGUGGCCGGUGCCACCGCCUCUAUGGGGCCUGCCUCUGCGACCCGGGGCUCUACGGCCGUUUCUGCCACCUGGCCUGUCCUCCGUGGGCCUUCGGGCCGGGCUGCUCGGAGGAGUGUCAGUGCGAGCAGCGGAACACGCUUGCGUGUGACCGGAGAGACGGCAGCUGUUCCUGCAAAGCGGGCUUCAGGGGCGAGCGGUGUCAGGACGAGUGCGAGCCAGGCUUCUUCGGGCCGGGGUGCCUGCAGGCAUGUGCCUGCCCUCAGGGCGUGGCCUGUGACCCCGUCAGCGGCCAGUGUGGGAAGCAGUGUCCCGCCGGCUACUGGGGGAAGGACUGUGACCAAGAGUGCCCGGAGGGGACGUUCGGUGUGAACUGCUCGGGCUCCUGCUCCUGUGGGGGGGCACCCUGCGACCGGAUCACGGGGCAAUGCCAGUGCCCUCCAGGGAGGACUGGGGACGACUGUGGGGCAGAUUGUCCCGAAGGCCGCUGGGGGCUGGGCUGCCAGGAAAUCUGCCCCGCGUGUGAGCACGGUGCCGUCUGCGAGCCCGGGACCGGAGCCUGCCUGUGCCGCCCCGGCUACACGGGCAGCCGCUGCCAGGACGCGUGCCCGGCGGGCUGGUUUGGGCCCGGCUGCCAGAUGAGGUGCUCCUGUGCCAAUGACGGGCACUGCCACCCGGUGACCGGACGUUGCAGCUGUGCCCCCGGGUGGACCGGCCUCAGCUGCCAGAGAGCCUGCGACAGCGGCCACUGGGGACCCAACUGCAGCCACACCUGCAGCUGCAGUGUAGGCCACGGGAGUUGCGAUGCGGUCAGCGGCCUGUGUGCGUGUGAGGCCGGCUACGCGGGCCCGCGGUGCGAGCAGCGGUGUCCCCAGGGCUACUUCGGGCCGGGCUGCGGGCGGCGGUGCCAGUGUGAGCACGGGGCAGCUUGUGACCACGUCAGCGGGGCUUGCACCUGCCCGGCCGGCUGGAGGGGAACCUUCUGUGAACGUGCCUGCCCGGCGGGCUUCUUUGGACUGGAUUGCCGUGGCGUCUGUGACUGUGUCGCUGGAGCCUCCUGCGACUCCGUGAGCGGCUCCUGCCUCUGCCCCGCCGGCCGCCGGGGCCCCCGCUGUGCCCAGGCCUGCCCAGCCCACUCCUACGGACACAACUGCAGCCAAGCCUGCACCUGCUUCAACGGGGCCUCCUGUGACCCUGUCCACGGACAGUGCCGCUGUGGCCCUGGCUGGAUGGGCCCCACUUGCCUGGAGGCCUGCCCCUCAGGCCUCCACGGCGAGAACUGUCAACAUUCCUGCCUUUGCCAGCACGGGGGCACCUGUGACCCUGUCUCAGGCCACUGCACGUGCCCAGAGGGCUGGGGUGGCCCAGCCUGUGAGGAGGAAUGUCUGCCGGGACGCUUCGGGGCCGGUUGCCAACACAGCUGCAGGUGCCUCAACGGUGGCCUCUGUGACCGGUACUCAGGCCGCUGCCUCUGCCCAGCCGGCUGGACCGGGGACGAGUGUCAGAGCCCCUGUGCCGAAGGCACGUUUGGAGCUCACUGCGAGGAGCGCUGUGCCUGCCGGCGGGGAGCCACCUGUCACCACGUCACGGGGGCCUGCCUCUGCCCCCCGGGAUGGAGGGGCUCGCAGUGUGAGAACGCCUGCCCGCGUGGCCGGUUCGGAAAGGACUGUGGCCAGCGCUGCCAGUGCCCGCCGGGCUCCGCCUGCCACCACGUCACCGGGGAGUGUCGCUGUCCAGCGGGCCUCACAGGGCCCAGCUGCGAGCAGGCCUGCCCGCCAGGCACCUUUGGGGAGCGCUGUGGGCAGAAGUGCCGUUGUCCCAGCGAGAACCAGACCUGCCACCCCGCCCUGGGGACCUGCACGUGUGCCGCUGGCUACCACGGCUCCGGCUGCCGGCAGCGGUGCCCCCCUGGGCGGUUUGGACCCGGCUGUGAGCAGCCGUGCGGGUGUCUCCACGGGGGCUCCUGUGAUGCGGCCACUGGGGCCUGCCUCUGCCCUGCUGGGUUCCUUGGGGCCGACUGCAGCCUGGCCUGUCCACAGGGCCGCUUUGGUCCUGGCUGUGCGCAUGUGUGCAGGUGUGGGCAGGGAGCGGCCUGCGACCCCGUGAAUGGCAGCUGCACCUGUCCCCCGGGGAGGACCGGCCUCCACUGUGAGCACGGCUGCCCUCGGAACCGGUUUGGCAGAAGCUGCGAGCACACGUGCUCCUGCAGAAACGGGGGCCUGUGUCACGCCACCGACGGCAGUUGCUCCUGCGGCCUAGGCUGGACGGGGCCGCGGUGUGAGCUGGCCUGCCCUCCCGGUCGCUACGGUGCCGCCUGCCGCCUGGAGUGUUCGUGCGAGAACCACGGCACCUGUGAGCCCGCCACGGGCGCCUGCCGCUGCGGCCCUGGCUUCUACGGCCAGGCCUGCCAGCACCCCUGUCCCCCUGGCUUCCACGGGGCUGGCUGCCAGGUGGCAUGUGAGUGUCAGCACGGAGCCUCCUGUCACCCCGUCAGCGGCCAGUGUCUCUGCCCCGCCGGCUUCCACGGCCAGCUCUGCGAGAGGGCAGGGUGUGAAGCAGGCUCAUUUGGAGAGGGCUGCCGCCAGCACUGUGACUGCGAGGCCGGGGCACCCUGCGACCCCGUCACCGGCCAGUGCCUCUGCCCCCCAGGGCGCACCGGAGCCACCUGUGACCGUGACUGCAGACCGGGCUUCUUUGGGCCAGGCUGUGCCUUGCGCUGUAGCUGCGGAGCUGGGGCCAGUUGUGACCCCGUCAAUGGGCAGUGCCACUGCGUGGACGGCUACACUGGGCCCACCUGCCAGCAAGCGGCCUUGCAACCGGCCUCUGACCGACCAGCACCUGGGCUCAGCAGCAGGGCACAGAAACACUAGCACAGAGGCAGCAGUCAAGCAGGCCCGUCUCCCGGGUGCUCUGGCGACGACUGAGGAGGGCGCCUGUAGGCCAGGACUCCAGCCGCAGCCUCGUCCCCGAGGGCCGUGUGCAGCCACGCAGCCCCUCGCUCUGCAAGGAUCGGCUGGCACGGGGAGGGAGGCCCUGGCCGGCCCAGCCGCAAGGAGCCCGGACGAGUGGACCGGCCCUACUGGCCGUGCGUGCUGAGCAAGCCCGCCUCCCCGGGUGGGGACUGAGGUGUGGGCGCAGGUGCGGCAGGGGACCCCUGCCCCCCCGAGCUGGUUCUUCUGGUGCUAGGCCCUGGGACUGCUGUGGCCCCGUCUGUUCGCCUGGAGCCGCAGCCCACUGUAUUUAUGUAAAAGUAUUUAUGGGCAGCUGGACACGCCCGCCGCACCCCGGGCACCGAAGGCUGCCCGUCCCCUGCGCCACGAAACCCUGACGCGGGACCUUGGGGCUCUGAGGGGCCUCUGGGUGGGGGACUCUGGUACAUGUGAAACCCAGUAAUUUAAGGAAGAAGCAGUCGCUUCCUUGUGA